AUGGCCGCGCGAUCAGACCGAGGUGAUCGCUAUGCCACCAGACAUGACAGGAGCCGUUCCUACCGAGAUCGGAGAGAGGCUGUAGACCGAGGCCAUGGCAACCCUGGCAACCAUUACGGGAACCAGCAUCAGGCCUUCCGAGAUCGCCACGACCGGGACAACCGGGACCGGGACAACCGGGACCGGGACAACCGGGACCGGGACAACCGGGACCGGGACAACCGGGACCGGGAUGUUCGGGACAACCGGGACGUCCGAAACGAGGAGCUCCCAGCCCUCAGACGUCCGGAUCCCAGACAUCGUGAGGGGAAUGCACGUGGCCGUCCUCCAGACCUUGUGAGAGGCUAUGACGAGCCCCGUCAUGAUUCCCGAUACGGCUAUGGGAAAGGUGGUCGGCAUGACAAUUAUGCGGAUGAUCGGCAGGAUCGGCAGGAUCGCUACUCUCGGCAGACAGAUCGCUACGACCAGCCUGACUGGGAGAGGUUCGAAGACAGGGGUCGGUUUCGGGAGAGACAUGCCCAGAAUCCUGAGCGAGACAGGCCAGACCGACCUGAUCAUCGGCAUGAUCAGCGGCCUGAUCAUCGGCCUCACCAUGAGCGCGAUGGGGACCAGCGGUUUGAUAGGGAACGCUUCGACCGCCGUCCAGAUCGAGACCUCGACCGGGAGCACGGCUUCCGUGAACGGUCUGGACAGGCCAGCCAAGGUGGGCAUGGUGGGCGGAGGCACCAAGAUGAAUACGACAUGAUGCAUCACAGACAUGGUGAAGAGCGCCGUGUAGAUCAUCGCGAAGCGGAGCAUCACGGCAAUUCCCAGGAUGUGGCUAACCACUCGAGGAGCCGUCGAGUGCGCAAGGUGCAGUUCAAAGAAAGGCAGAUAAGGAAGCCUGAUGUUCGUCACAAUCGUGAUCGAGAGGACGCGAACACCGCAAGCGGAAAAUUGCGAGAUGGCAGGAGAGGUCGCCCUGAAGCAGCGCGAGGUGACUACAUCCCACCUGGCACUGACAGGCCGCGCAGGGCUCGUGAUGUGCAAGCGGGCGACAGAAGACCGAAACCUGGUCGUCAGCGCCCCAGGCACGACCGGCUGGUCCGCGAUGGAAAGGCUCCACAAGAACGGCCAAGACCUCCCAAGGAGGAGGCCCCUCGGGCAGAGAGGCGCCCAGAUGGUGCGGCCCGGGAUGCGGCUCCACAGGCUGACGCAAGGACGACUGCUCCUAAGCAGACUCAGCCAUCUGACAACCAGGACAAGCGCCGCCCGCAGGUAGAGCAGCAGGCGCAGCAAGAGUCUAAAGCUGCUGGAGAGCAGCCUCCUGAAGCAUCAGGAAGCGCGGAGGAGGGCGAGACUGGAUCCUCGGAAAGCAGCUCUGAGGAUUGCAACUCUCAGGCGGACUUCAGUGGAUCGGAGGAGAAUUUCCACGUCGCCGUGGCUGAGGAAGCACAGGCGGAGGUGGCAGAGGGCGAAACAAACUGUGAAGGGGCAGAAGCGACUAAGGACGGUGGAGGGGGCUCUGUCAGAGAAGGAGCCGAAGGCAAAAACGGGCUGUCGCAGAGUGGCACCAGCCGAACUAUCCCCGUCCCAAAGCAUCUGUGCAAGCAGGUCACAGGACUCUGUGCCUCCCAGAAGCUGGACAUCCAGGACAAGACGGACCAGUUUGCUCGGGUCACGGUCUCCGGAAGUGAGGAGGAGGUCGAAUCUAUCUUGUCAAAGAUCCGCGCCCUCGGACACAGGAACCAGGAUGCCGUGGAACUCUGCGUUGCAAAGAAUGCGCAGGGUCAGCCGCUGCAAGGCUGGACGCCAGAGAAGAUAGGUCAGGCAACAAAGGCCUCCGUCACUUUCACAGACAGUGAGGAGAACCUCCGCGUGGCCCUCCAGGGCCCUCCAGCUGCUGUGGAGGAUGCUUGGCUCCUGGUUGUCAAGGCUGCACUGGGCAAGGCUUCACAUAGCCCUGGUCCAGGCUCGUAG